AUGGCUUCAAUAUCUUUGCCAUACUACGUGGAUGCUGCGACACUUCCAGCCGGUCUGCCGACUUUAGACGAAAUUGAGAGUUCUCAAGAUGUUCUGGUCGAACAAACUGGCCGCAAGGUUGUGGGGGUCGGUCAAUACUACAUCGUCAAAUACGGUCGAGCAGUCGAGUUGAUGGAAGGGGAGAUUAUGCUCUUCCUUGGACAAGUGACAGCUGUGCCUGUACCACGCAUUUACGCUCUCUGCAAAGAUCCCUCAAACAAAAAGGCCUACAUUGUCAUGGAGCGAAUAGCCGGCAAAAACCUCGACAUCGCAUGGCCUUCCCUGAGCCAAACGCAGAAAGACUUCAUCGCCACUAGACUCCGCGCAAAUUUCUCGGAGCUGCGAAAGCUUCCAUCGCCAGGCGGCUACUGCAGCGUCGGCAAGCGUCCGCUGCUAGACAACGUCUUCUGGACUCGUGACACAGUCGAUACGAUCUCCGGUCCAUUCUCAACAGAAGCAGAGCUCAACGACGCCAUGAUCGAGAAGUACAUCUUCAACAACCUUCCCCAAAAGAAAGCGAAUUUCUAUCGACGGGCGUUCCCAAGUGUCCUGCGCGGUCACCCUCCCGUAUUUACACAUGGCGAUUUCCAGCGGAAGAAUGUGAUGGUGCGGGAAGUGCCCCGCUCCGGUGAGAGUGAGCAAGAAGAAUGCGAGUACGAACCUGUGAUCAUUGACUGGGAAUCUGCCGGCUGGUAUCUCAGCUACUGGGAGUAUUCGCGGGCGCUGUUUGCGUGCGGUGGAUGGAGAGACGACUGGAGUGUCUGGGUCGACAAGAUCCUGGACCCGUUCUUGCAGGAAUGGGCCUGGGUCAAUAUGCUGCUUACGGAGUUAUGGUUUUAG